UACACGCAGCACAUCACCGCCUUCAUAGGAGUCAGUUUUUCCGUCGCCUUCAUCACAGCACCCCUGCUUAUCUUCGCCAUACUCAGAACGAAUACGCUUGCGGAAUGGUCGAAAGUGUUCAUGCUCUCGGCUGCGGUAAUCGCCAUCUCUUCUGUGGUGUUUGCCAUUUUUGGCCGUGGACGUGCUUCAACUUGGGCGGCGGCAUCGUGGGAUCCGCUGAUGUCGACGAAGAUGAGGAAUCUGCAGCCAAUUGACUUUAGCCAGGAUGAAUGCGGUCUUCUACGAAUUGCGUCUAAUCGAUCCGAACAA